AUGCCAUUCGAAUGUGGAGCAGCCAACACAGAGUCCAAAGGGCUGAACACGGGCGUAUCUAUACAACGCCUUUUACCGCUCCGAGGCCCCUUCAUUCUCGGCGACACCGCAACUAGUCCUAAGGACCUAGAACGCCAACUUUUGCUGGAUAGAUCUACAAGCUGGCAUCUUGGGCGGUUGGCCUUGGGGCUGACGGGCGGUGAGAUCUUGCGAAUAAGCUUUCCGGAGGCUGAGUUCCAAGGCCUGAAGUUGAAUUCGCUUUCUUCAUGCUUCUCUGGAAGAGAGAAGUUGGUCCUUGUGUGGCGCUACUCCAAAAUAGGGUCAUGUGGCACGAACGACGGCAGAGCCAUGCGAACAUCCGUUCUUAAAAUGGAGAUUGAUUGGCAAACCUUUGUCUGCAACCUCUCUUCCGCCUAUAUUCGCACGUCGGGCUCAACAAAACAGGACGCUAUGAAUUCGCCAACGGUGCUGCAACAACUCUGA